GCUGAGCAUCCGUCCCUACCAUUAUCUGAGGUGGUUGCGAACACGGUGCACGACUUUCGUGCGGCAGUGUACUCUGACUUCGUCGAUCGCGAUCGACUGAUUUCGGCAUGCUUGGCGCUCUCAUUAUGCAUAAAAACUACUUAGAAGGUCCGGAAGCGGAAGUUUGAUUUUUUCUCUAGUUAGUAUAUAAAGAUAUUUUCUUGCAUCUGUGUAGUGAUCUUCAAGACCUUGUCGACUCAGACUCAGUUACGACGCAUAUGUCAGACUCAUGUGGCAGUCAGGUCCGAAUCUGAAACGCAUCUUCUAAGAACAUUUUUAAAAAAGCCUAACUUUUGCUUGACUAAGACUAGCAGUUCAUGAUCUUGAUCUUCACAGACUGUUAUAAUUUGAGGCGAGUGGGAGCAGCAGGGUAGCUUCGUG